CAUAAACAUACACAGAAUUGAAUUACUAUAGCGCCAUCUUCGUUGGAUCCGAGCUCGGGCCGUUUGAUCUUGUUAAAUUAUAAUUAGAGACAUGCCGCUGUUCAGGUUUUAUGACUUUGACAAGGUUUACACCACACACCAAGGUUUAGAUGGCUUUGGUGGGCUCCCUGACCCAAAGUGCAAGUACUAUGAGGCAGAUUACAUUAGAUGUGCAGCUGAGAUUGGCAUUACUAGGGCUCAAAAGGAAUGUGCUCCAGAGCUAGCAGACUUCAAGGAGUGUGUCACAGGCUCCAAGAGGGUGGAAAGAAUGAAGACAAUUAUCAAGCACAGAGAUCAACUGAUCAAGGAGGGGAAAUACACACCGCCGGCCAAGCAAUAAAGAUCGCUUCAACAUAGUUGUAUUUUAAAUCUUAUGUCUGUACGAUACACACUCAGCUAUUUUCAACUUGUAGUCCUGGGCUAUCAGCAGGAAGCGAAAUCCAAAUUGCAAAAAGAGUACUCUUUAAAAUUUAAAAAUGUUGCCAAUUCAUGACAAAUGAGUCUUGUAUUUGAUUUGAGUUUUUAUUUGUAAUUCGAAAAAUCAUACUACAUCAGCAGCAGUCAAUUUUGAUUGACAAGAAUAUAGCAGCAUAAUAAAGCAUUUUCUUCCAUUUAACUUUGAUGUUUUCUCAAUGCCCCCCUCCGCCUUCCAGUUGGGGGGGGGGAUAAUUUAAAGGGAUAAAGUUGAUAUCUAUAAUUUUGUAACUUUUUGUACAUGUUGUGCCUAAUUGUACAACUGAUCUAUUCUUAUAAGGCCACACAACUGAUAAUGGGUGAUUUCAAGUUCUGUGUUUACCUUUUGGUGUUGGUUUUCGGUCAAUUUUUACAGGAUUAUUACACCAAACAUGAAAUGAAGAUGGUCUCGAAAAGUCAAUCACUAGUUGUUGAGAUGUCAAUAAUGUGAUCUGGAUCAGUUUUACAAACUGAAUGAGUUUUGGAGCUAGGGGAAGCAAUCCAAAUUCCAACACCAACACCAAGGCCAACUUGAAAUCACCCAAUCAAGAGCCAAGAACUUAUGAUUUAAUUUCGAAUUUGAAAAUGAAUUGUACUGCAUUGUACUAUGCAUUCAAUGUCACUUUUUGCCUUAAAUAGAGCUACUCAUGACAUGGAGUAAUGUGCUUAGAUGAUGAUGGAAUUGUUUUGUUGUGUUGACAAGUUAUUUAAUUGGGAUCUAUAGAUAUUGAAAGUUUCGAUUUAAGAUAGCUGCUCUGUUGCUAGUGAUAGAAAAGUAAUUCAAUUCAAACAUCAUUAUCCAAAAGUUGAAUCUGCCAAAGUUGAAUCUCAGAGACUAAGGCAAAAUCUGAUUUAGGAGAUGCAAGUAGCACAUAUUUUAGUCCACAAUUAAAGGGUUUUUAGUGAAGUAUUAUUUGAAUGGUGGAAUAUCAAGUUAUGCAUACUCUAUAGUGCACAAUUAAAUCUACCAAAUUUGAUCUUGCACAUGUCAAUAAAAAUUUUCAAACCAGAUAAUGCAAAACUUGUGUUAUUCAAAAAGUUUGAACUCAUUUUUCUUCAGACUCUAACAGAUAUCUAUGGUCCAAAGAUAUUUGACUUAUACAGAUACUACAAUUCUAAUCCAUUCUUACAAGCAUAAUUUUCGAACAAACUUGAUCAAUGAAUUUAUAAAGGCCAAAUUUGGGCUCUUUAUGUACUCCAUGUUUUUUUUCUUCUGCAGACUAUGUCCCUUCUUUGUUACUGGGUGUGCAUUGUGAAUGUUUGAAUACAAACAUCAAUUGAAAGCAGUAGAAUAUCUUUACAAUUGGAGGAAUUUUUCUUCUUGGAUUGAGCUUAGGCAGUGUGUGUAUUGUUUUAUAAAAUGUUGUAUGUAAAUAAAACAAAUGUUAAUGGCCAGCAUGGAUUAAUCAUUUUAUGGAGGCAUCAGAAGCUGACUGUCUUUUCUAUAAAAAGUAUUUGUUCAAAUAUUUGAAUAAAAUCCUGCUAUAUCUGUGAA